UUCGCUUUGAACCUCCCAACCUUGACAGCAUGGCUGACCCUGCGCUGCAAGUGUUUGAAUGCGUGCGCAACCUGUGGGCAACACGGUGUCUCUCAACGGUGGCGUCCUUGAAGAUCCCCGACUUCCUUCGAGAUGGCCCUCGGACGGCCAAGGAGAUCGCCGAGCACUUUCAUCUGCAUGAAGACAGUGUGUUUCGGCUGUUGCGCGCGGUGUCCACCAUGGGUUUCCUCGAGCACUCUAAUGGAAAUGUGUUUGCAUUGACCGCGACUGGAGAAUGUUUGAUCUCCGACGUGCCUGGAUCCAUGCGUGCGUACUUGGUGACCAUGUGUGCCCCAGGACAUUGGUUGCCGUGGGGGAACAUUGAAUCCACCAUCGAAUCUGGCGUACCAGCCACCGAAAUGGAACUUGGUGCGGAUUUGGGCAGCUACUACUCGAAACACCCUGAGGAAGGCCAUGCGUUCAACGAAGCCAUGCAACAUGUCAACCAAAUGUCCGCCGGAGUGGCUUUAGAUGCGUAUCCAUUCGAAGAUAUCGCGACCGAUGACAUGUGCAUUGUCGAUGUCGGCGGUGCCCACGGCGACUUCUUGAUGGACGUGCUUAACCGACUGAACCGUCCUAGUGUCCGUGGCAUCCUUUUCGAGCGCCCAGAAGUUGUCGAGGCUGCGGCUGAGCAUGUCAGCCACGAGAUUGAUUGCAUUUCCGGCGACUUCUUUGAAUCUGUUCCUCCUGGGGACUUGUACCUUCUCAAGCAUGUUUUACACGAAUGGAGCGACUCGCAUUGUGUGGCAAUCCUGCGAAACAUUCGUGCCGCCAUGGACACGUCGUCCGGCCGCGUCCUUGUCGUGGAAGUGCUGGUGGAAGGAACGGAAGCUCUUGUGGACAUGAACAUGCUCGUCAUGUUCAACGGACGCGAGCGGACCGAAGAAGAGUUCACCGCCCUCUUCCUCCAAGCAAAUCUCAAGCUCACCCAAGUCAUCCGCACGUCGACCCCAUUUGCCGUGUUGGAAGCGUCGGCAGCUUAGCCAGUUUUAUAAUGUCCAGCUUGUUGGAAAUUUAGUAUGAAAGAAUGUAUGGAGUUUCGCGCGCAAACAUACAUACAUUCUCG